AUAAGUGGGUGGAUCAAGUACUUGGGCUGCUGGUUAAACAGUGACUCACUACUUCUGCCAUGUAACACUCUGGACUCAGGACUUGGACAUGAUGAUUAACAUACUGAGGAUGAUAAGUGGCUGGGCUGUAUUAGUCCUGCUGCCAUUGUGUUUAAUCACUUCUGAUGGGAAACGGGACACUAUAAUUGUAGAAGGGACAGACUGUACACAUAUAAGGACUAUUUUGCCUAAUGCCCCAAGUGGCAUUUAUAACAUUCAACCACAAGGAGUCAAAAAGCCCUUCAAGGUUCACUGUGAGAUGCUGCCAGAUGGCGGUUGGACUGUUAUUCAGAGACGCACAGGAAGACAGCUUUCCUUCAACAGAAACUGGAAUGAAUAUAAGCAUGGAUUUGGAUCUUUUUUAAAGGAUCACUGGUUGGGUCUUGCCAAGAUAUGGGCUCUAACCAAACACAAGAAAGGGAGAUCAACUCUCAAGGUGGAUUUGUGGGACUUUGAAGGAAAAUCUGUCUUUGCCAAAUAUGAAGAUUUUAGGAUUGGAAGUGAGAAAACAGCCUAUAAACUGCAUGUUGGAACAUACAGUGGCAAUGCAGGUGAUGCUUUUCGUGGUUUGUAUACUGGCAUUGACCAGAAUGGUUAUGGGUUCAGCACAUACGACCGCGACAAUGAUGGCUGCUCACCAUGCAUUUUUGGGGACAUUGCCAUGGAUAAGUGCAGUGAUGAAAAGGGAGGAGGAUGGUGGUUCAGUCGUUGUGGCUCAGCCAGCCUGCAUGGAGACUGGCACCCAAUGGGAAAUAAUCGUGGUUAUGGAUCUGGCCUUCACUGGCUCACCUGGAGAUCUCCUGAGCCGUACUCGGCUAAAGCAACACGCAUGAUGAUCAAGACCAAAAAGCAAACAUAAAUCAUGUUGUUGCUUGCUGUCUAUCUCUUUGUUCAUCUAUACACAGUAAACCUAACCCAUUUUUAGUACAUUUUUAUCAGCUAUGCCUAAACAGUCUUCUGUUUAUCAUACACUUCUUCAGCCAGUGCACACAAUAUUGUAUUAAUAUAAUAAUGGUUUACUAAAUAAAAAGUUUUUUAACAGAGA